GUGUGUGUGUGGUUGACAGCGGCUCUGCUCCUCCAUGGUGGACGCUGAAUCCAUAUAUCCACACACACACACGUGCAGAGUGACAGGGUGACGUGGUGUCGGGGCUCAGAGAUUAAUGAAUGAACCGAGGCUCCGGCUCCUCUUCUUCACUCAGACCGUGUGAAGAGGCUCAGUCUGGGGACAAACUGCGGGGACACCACGCUGCUCCCGCGGAGAACACAACCCCCUCCUCCCCAGCGCGUGUUGAAGAGCCGGUCCUUCUCGGGUCACAGCUGUUAUCUUCUUUAUAUUGAACGUUUGCUGGCGCUGGACGAAGACUUCGGACAUUUAUGAUGAAGUUUAAGCCCAACCAGACCAGGACGUACGACGGAGAGGGCUUCAAGAGGAGGGCAGCGUGUCUGUGUUUCAGAGACGACCAGGAGGACGAGGUGCUGCUGGUGAGCAGCAGUCGACACCCGGACCAGUGGAUUGUGCCGGGAGGAGGAGUGGAGCCCGAGGAGGAGCCCUGUGGCGCAGCUGUCAGGGAGGUGUAUGAAGAGGCCGGUGUGAAGGGGAAGCUUGGCAGACUACUUGGGAUAUUUGAGCACAAUCAGGACAGAAAGCACAGGACGUAUGUCUACACCCUCAUAGUGACGGAGACGCUGGAGGCCUGGGAGGACUCUGUCAACAUUGGAAGAAAGAGGAAGUGGUUCAAGGUUGAUGAAGCCAUCAGGGUCCUGCAGAGCCACAAGCCUGUCCACGCAGAGUACCUGCUCACACUCCCCAACACCUGUAAUCCACCCUGCAGCCCCGGAUGCAACCCGACUAACGGCAACAGCCCCAGUUCCCACGGGACGGACAACAGCAGCCCUCACUGCGUUGUUUGCGCCACACAGGGCUCAGACCUGGUCAACAGAUAGGACUGUCACCAGCAGCGACACCGGGAUCCACGGUUGAUCUCUUCUGCAUUCAUGACACCUUGAAGUGGGCUUGAAGAGUGCCAACGUGUAUUUAAGAUUUUAUAUUUUUACCAACCAGCACCAGUUAAUAGAGAAAAUGUGUUCCUGGAUGGGCUCUCUCGGUGUGCUGCCUCUGCACUGUAAAGAUCCUUUCUUUCUUGUCUUACAAGCUGAAUAUUUGAUUGGCCGUGCACACAGUGUCGGUUGGUUCUCUGGAUACCAGUACUGGGGAAGGGUUGGCUCUUCACAGGAAGUCCCACGGUGAUGUGAUGUCAUCCUGCGAGACAUUUUGAAGAGGAGUAUCUGCGCGUUUGUGAAUAUUUUGUACUAUAGAUUUUUUUUUGUUUUGUGAACUGUUCAGACACAUCGGAAGCAAAACUACUGUCACCGCACCACUGUCACUUUACGGUAUCGUCUCUAAGCACGACUAACACUGAAAUGCUGCAAACCAGACACCACGCUGAAAUAGUCCUGCCUUAAACAUCCUUUCAUUUGUACAUAUCACAACUGCUGCAAGCCUGACUAUUAAAUUAAAGGUGAAUACAGUAUGUUGGCACAGUUAUGAUGCAUAUCAACGUAUGCACAGUGGAACAGAUCUGCAGUCAAAUAAUUACAAAUUGCAAAAAGAAAGACCGUAUUUAACACUAUAAAUGUGCAGAUAUCAUAGAAAGACAAACUACACAUCGGAGGAAACUAUCACUAUUAUAUGCAUUUGAUAAAUGUCUGAGAAAAUUAUUUGGAGACCUCUGUUUUACAGGAGCAUUAAUGUGUUGUGCUCAAGUCUGGUUAUUUUGUGUGCCUUCACAAACUCAGUGAUGUGUGUUUGGAUUAUAAACACUGUGCAGCCUACAGCGCUGACUGGAAGCAGUGCCGACUGCCUACCACACCCGCUGACCCUUUUUAUUUCACAGCACCGGUAAUGAACUGAAACUUUGGGUUUGUCGUUAUCACUGCACAGUAUUAAAGGUUCAGUGUGUGGAAUUGAGUGAGAUCCCGCAUCACCCUCCUUUUCCCUUUCAUAAAAACUCAAAAGAUGUUUAGUUUGUCCAGUUUGGGCUACUGUAAAAAGAAACAUGGCGGCCUCUGUGGAGAGGACCUGCUCCUGAUGUAAAUAUAAAGUAUUUUAUAGGCCCAUUCUCAGGUCAAGAAAAAAUUUGUGCAAUUUAGAUGAAACAAACAAAUUAAAAGAUCACUGGGAUAUUUUUUAUAUUCAAUUUCUGCCAAUAAAUCCCUUUCUCCUAAAACGUACACACUGGACCUUUAAGUACACGCUAACUGAAGUGAUUUGAAGGAUAAUACUGUGGAAACUAGACGGUAGUUCAGUCAGAGAGAGAGAGAAAAUAAUGUUAUAUUUUCAGUUUAUUGAUGA